AUGAAAAGAAGACCGCGACAAUUCAGCGCGCCAGACUUCGAGAAGAUCUUGGAUGCUGCCAACAUGGCCACGACUGAAGGCGACGAGUGGAAGAAGCAUCGGAGAGUUUCUUCACGGCCUUUGACGGAGAGUAACUUGAACAAGCUCAUGCCCAUGAUGGUCGCCGUUGGGGAGGACCUGGUUACGAAAAUCAAAGGAUCUGCUGACAAGCAAGGAACUGUCAUUUGGCGUCCGGUGGAAGCUUUCCAACUGUGUACUUCACGAGUCGCGUCAGCUGUCUUUAUGGGCGAAGACGAUCUACUUCAUUCACAAGAUCCAUUGUUCUCCGAUGAGGUGCAGGACGAAUUCUUGAAAUUCAUGAGAGAUGUUCUUGAGAUAACUAUGAAGCCCACUUGUAUCUUCUACUAUGACAGGUUACUCUAUCGAAUGAUGUUCCCUGGUGUCAGAAAGCUCGUACAACGCUGGGACCGUCUGAGGUCGAAGAUCUUGGAUUCUACUCACGUGAGUGUGGUGAAUCGCCUGGAACGUCCCGGUCCUUGCAAGAGCCUCCCGACGUGUGCUGGGGACCUAUACAGUGAAACCGAGAUCGCACAUGCGUUCGCAAUGUACAUAGGAGGCGGGAGCGAGACAACUGCCAGUGCUGUGGCUUGGUUACUCAACAACUUCUGCGUUUAUCCAGAAGUUCAGCAGAAGGCCAGGGAGGAAGCUGAUUCUAUUGGUGACAUUUCAGCCGACUCUAUCUGCAAUAUGCCAUACAUUGAGGCUUGUGCGCUUGAGUCUCUUAGACUCAAUCCCUCGGUUCCGGUUAGUAUCAAUAGGGCGCUCGUCGACUGCGAAGUGGCGGGGUUGCCAGUAAAGGCCGGAACUCAGCUCAUCUUCUUGAUUUCCCGCAUUAUGCGGGAGAACUAUGAGGAGGGAGAUAAGUUCAUGCAGGAUUCUAUGCUCAGGCCAGAACGCUGGCUCACCCAGAGUGGUGGUGCGAUCGAUGAGAAGAUGCGUUCGGAGUUUUUCGCUUUCGGCUUCGGCCCACGGAAAUGUCCAGGAAGGAGUCUGGCUCUUCGAGAGAUUAUAAGCAAUGCGGUACUCCUUCUCCGUAACUUCGACGACUUCCGUCUCACUGAGGAUUGGUCUACGUCCCCAAAAUUCUCCAGUACAUUGACUACAUGUCCACAGAACUUGGUUGUGAAGAUGCGGUGUCGCCAUGCAGCAUGA